GGGCGCUGUUUCUGUCCCGCUACUUCCCAAAAAAUGAGCCAUAAACAUGAGAAGCCAUAAACACGAGGGGGUUUGAAGUGAUUUUACGAAACCAGUGUGCCUGUGGAAGGUGUGUAAACAAUAUUUCCAUCCUAACAUUGUAUGUGUCGCAUGUAAGUAUCACUAACUAGACUACAAGCCUAAUUCUGAACAAAAAACAAACCAAACAAAAGUGAGAGAAGGCCUGAGUGUAAAGUCUGUGUAAGUUGAACGUGUCUGUGAUUCUUUUUGACUUGCUGGUUUAUUUAUUCCUUGUUUGAUAGUUGUACUAAUGUCAUAAAUCUGUUUGUGAAUGCUUCUGUGUUUGGCCUGUCUGGAAUCCUCCUGAGAACAAGCCCCAUGUCCUUAUUGCUCAGCAGCAACGGGGGAGUUUUCAACCCUGCUUACCAUGACAGCGAAACACUGGAAAUUGACAAAAGAUCCCCGAGCAGAAGUCGUCACACCAAUCCCUAUGCUGGAGACUGGAGUGGGGUCAGACCAGAUGUUUAUCCACCCACUGAAUUGUCCCGGGACACGGCGAGGGCCCAGUGGGGAGGGCGUCAUGAGCAAAGCUGGGAUGGGGGGACAGGUAUCCCCAUGGACCUUUUGUCAACUCACCCAGUGAACCCAGCAUGGCGUCCAGAACAUGAUCACAGUUCAUUUCAGAUCAUGACUGAGGCUCACUAUGAACAGUCACUGUCCAUCCACAUGGCGUCUCUUCCCUCAGGUAACAUGACAAUGAGAUGGAGAGGACUUACAAUGAGGAGGAUGUUUCAAAAUGGAGACCCAAAUCUUCAGAUUGCAGAGAACAACAUCAUGACCCAAGUGGAGAAUGAACAAAUGAACUUGGUCCGAGAACUUGUUGCUAUGUCCACCCGAGACCGGGUCCGGGCCAUUCAAGAUCUGCCAAUGAGUUUUCAAGAGAAGAAACAUAUCAGGAACCAAGUGCUUUCAUUGAUAUCGUCUAAAAAAUCUCGCCAGUUCACUUGUUUGGGAGACUGUUCAGAGCAAUUUUCCAGAUCUUUUCGCAAAUGUGGUUCGAAUGUGAGGUCUGCGAGGCAAACUUUGGAGCUGUGGCAGGGCACCAUGAAGGAGAUUGGUGGAAAGUUUGGCACCAGUGUCUUGUCCUACUUCAUCUUUCUGAAAUGGCUCUUUAUGUUCAACGUUUUCUCCUUUCUGGUCAACUUUGGGUUCAUCACCAUCCCCCAGCUGGUGUACGAUUCAUCACCAAACAUACCAGCCAACACAAGCUUCAGGGGACUAGAGCUCCUCACUGGAGCAGGAUACUUUAACUACACAGUCAUGUACUAUGGCAGCUACAGUAAUGAGACCCUCAUUGGUGCCAUGGACUAUAAAAUGCAGCUGGGAUAUUUCUUCACCAUCGCUGUCUACAUGUUGCUCUGUGGCAUUGCACUUAUCUUCAGCAUGGCAAACUCUUUCAGGAAAAAUUAUGUUCUGGCCGAUUCAACAUCAAGUGGUGCCUGGCAACUUCUGUGCAGCUGGGACUUCAGUAUCACCAACGAGAGAGCAGUGAGGCAGCGGAAAAACAAUCUACGUAUACAACUCAAGGAGUCACUGUCAGAGAAGGCCCAGCAUGAACAGCUGACAUCCUCUGAAAAACUUAAACAUUUUGGGAUUUAUCUGGGAUCUUGGCUCCUGUCCACAAGUCUGACGGUUGGCUGUGGGGCAAGCAUCUUCUUCCUCUGUCAAUAUGAGAUAAAGCACAUGUUAGACACUGGGAGGUGGUCUCUGCUUCAGGAGGCAGAAACACUUCUGGUGCCGUUUGUGGUGUCUCUUAUGAACAUGGUGAUCCCCUUGUUUUACUCAUUGUUUAACAAGUUUGAGCAUUACUCCAGUCAGCGCAGGCAGAUCUAUGCCCUCGUGCUCAGAAAUGUGCUAUUCCGAAUGUGCAUACUGGGAGUCUUAUGUUACUACUGGAUGAAUGUGGUGGCAGUACAAUUUUUGUGUUGGGAGUCUGUGGUGGGACAGGCUUUGUAUCGAUUAGUCAUUGUUGACUUUAUUUUCCUGAUGUUGGGAUCCUUCUUCGGAGAGUUCCUCAGCAAUGUGGUUGGGACCCGGUUACUUCCUCGUCUGGGAGUUCCAGAGUUUGAUGUAGCCCGAAAUGUCUUGGAAAUAAUCUAUGCACAAACUCUGGCAUGGAUUGGCAUCUACUUCUCCCCUCUGCUGCCAGCUAUCCAGAUCCUCAAGUUUUUCAUCUUGUUCUAUAUAAAGAAGGUUAGCCUGAUGCACAACUGUCAGCCUCCACGUCGGACAGGCAGAGCAGCUCAAAUGAAAACCAUUUUUACAGCUUUGUUAUUCUUCCCUUUCUUUUUGGGAGCUUUGUCGAUUGUAGGGUACACAACUUGGAGCCUGACCCCGUCUGAACACUGUGGUCCAUUCCGGGGGCUCAACAGCACCUUCAGUGUGGUGGAGGUAUGGAUUAAAGAAGUGGAGGCCAUCCCGGGCUCUAAGUGGGUGGUCUUCAUAUACCAAAAGGUCAUCAGGAGCGAAAUCUUUUACUUCCUCAUCACUAUUAUCAUUCUAAUUAUUGUUUACAUUUUCUGGCAAGUGAGUCAAGGCCGCAAGCAACUCAUUGUUCUUUUACGACGACAGAUUGUCAAUGAAGGAAAAGACAAAUCAUUUUUGCUAGAAAAGUUGCAGAACCUCCAGAAAUCUCAGCCAAACAAAAGACCCAAACAGAAGAAGAGCAAAACCAAGCCUCACCAAGAAGACUUUUCAUCAAAUGGCUCCUCUAACUCCAAUGCAAUGGUCCAGGUCUUGCUCGCCCGUCAGCGCGCAGAGGAGGAAGAUGAGAGGGAGCGGGCCAGAGGACUUCCAGUUCCCUUAGAGUCGACUAACUUAACCCAGGCUGUAAACCACAGGCGGCAACAGUCCUCCUCCAGUGCUUUAGCUAUAGCAAUGCAAGCCAGACAGAGAGCUGAAAGUCAGACUAGAGAGGAGUACUAUACCAGGGCAGGGUUUACUGAGAACCAUGUUAACUAUAGGCACACUGCAGAGGAGCAGGAGGAGAACAGUCCAACCUCCGUCAAUAGUGUCAUGAUGCAGGUGAUUCAGGCCAGACAGCGGGCAGAUGAGGAAGAGGAGGAAGAGCUGAAGAGGAUGCAGUGGGUCCCCGCAGCACCACAAAACUCUGCACCAUCCAGUGCUUUGAUCCAGGCCAUGCUGGCACGGCAACAGGCACAGAAUGAGUAUGAUGAUGGGUACUGAGAUAAAGAUGAUGAAGGGAUAAUAUCUUAGAUUUGAUUUUCUAUAUACAUCACUUGAAUGUAAAUAUGGUUAUUGUGCAGACAAGAGAGUGCAGGUCCACCUCUUUAUGCACUUUUAUGUAUGGUAUAUUAUUAUGUAAAUAUUUAAAUUAAAUUAUAUGAUAAACUUGUAGCCAAAUAAACUCAUCUGAGUUUAUAUUCUUGCCUAUUGCAAAUGUAACACUGCCCCCUGGUGGUUUGUUUACAUUACUAUAUUACAUAACUUUUUCAACUGAAAUUUUAUUAAAUGAACACAAUUUAUUCAGUUAUUUCAGAAGAAAUGUGUGUGUGUGUGUGUGUGUGUGUCUUAUAAAUGACUUGAGACAAAUUUAAAUGGGGACAUAAAAGGUGAAAGUUUUUCAUACUCCACACAUUCACUGCACAUUCACUCCAUAACUUUAUACAUUUACAAUGAGUCAACAACUUAUACUUCGUAAGUAUAAGUAGGCACGUAUUUAGCAGUUAUGAUAUAUCAUUUAGAUUGCAUGUCCUGUUGAUGUUUUCUUAAGGCUAGAUGCACCUCAGAAAUAUGUUAAUUUGAAUAAAUAAAAUAUAUAUUUUUUAUC